AGAAUCCGAAGAUAAGCAAAUCUAAACAUGCGUGUGGUAUUACUACUCCUUCUCGUGGCUUUUGUCACGAUUAAAAUGGCUAAUGCCACUCCAGGAUUUAUGGAGGAUCUUUUGGAACAUUGUCCAUUAUUACACUUUCUCUUUCCAAAAGACUGUUGCUGUGAAAAAGACAAAAGUUGCUGUCCAAAGACAACCACCACCACCACCACUACUACUGCCGCUACUACCACUACCACUCCCACCACCACUACUCCUACUACGGUCGCUUAGCACCAUUAUUUACGCCACAGAAGUCAGAAAAAAUAGAAAAAGUGGGGGUAAUUUAUAU